GUUGGUGAUCUUCAGGUCGGAAAGGCAGGGCUCUAGAAAGAUGCCUGAGUUUCCGAUUUGGAAUUCCGAGUUUGAUGACCAUUCAAAACGUUUUGUUCCGAGUUCCCAGUUGUCUUGAAAGCACCAAUAGCAUUGAGGUCAGAACUUGUUUUUCUCCCAUUGAGCGUCAUUUUACCAACUAAACCUCCCGCCCCCUCAGCGCACUCUCGGGAACGCGGUUGCACUAUUCGACUCAAUUUCGUUAUCAUCCGUUGUCAUUUUACUCUUAUGUGCAACGGACUUUUCUCUUAUGUUCACAUCUAUUUGUGUGAAGAUGACUAGCUUGAAGGCGUUUAAGGAGCCAUUCGAUAGAAUCAUCUCUGAACCAGUGGAGGACACAGAUACUAGUAGCUUCAUGGCAGAAAUGUCCUUGAAGUCCAACUAUCCAGUCCAAGUCACUGAACCUCAAGAUGCAGUGACACUGCAGCUGAGGUCCAUGCCACCUGGCUACCUCACACCUCCUUCAGGCAGAAUAAGACAGCCAGUAGAAGUAGGUGUGGAGUGCAUCUGCACAGGCUCCAUCUUACAGGACUUCCCCAAGGAGCUGCAGUUCUUGAACAACCCCUGUGAGAAGUGCUGUUGUUCAGCUCCACCUCCAAAGAUCAGUGAUCUGAUGGAUGACAAGGACUUGCUGGACUUACUGCGUCUUAAACUGGACCCAAAUCAUUGCACUGUUAAGAACUGGAAGAACUUUGCGAGCCGUUGGGGUAUGAGCUAUGAUGAGCUGACUCUGCUGGAGCACCGGACCCAGGGCUCAAUGUGCCACAGCCCCACACAAGAGUUCCUGCUGCGCAACAACCACAAGACCGUCACUGAGCUCACCGAACUUUGCCGAGUUUACCAGCGCAUUGAUGUGCUGCGGCUUCUGCAGCGCUGGAUGGAUAACGACUGGCCCUCACGCUGGCAAAAUGCUCAUUAACCACUUGCCCCAACCCCUGAAAAUCCCUCAGAAAUUAUGCAUAUUACUUUUUACAUUUUGCUAUACACUUUAUUGAAUUAGCAACAGGGACUUGGACCAUUUUUUCUUUAACAGAAGCCCAUUUAUUUAACAUCCAGUGGUUCCAGGAUUUUGGUUGAGUUGGUGUGCAAAAGUGGACCGGUAGAUCACAUUUUAUGACUCCUGCGGAGUUGAGGACUUAAUAGGACUGAUUUCCAUUGUGUACUCUUUACCAAUACUGUAGUUCUGAGCAUCUCAACCAGCUCAUUAUUUUCUUUUUCAAAGGUCCCGCAACCUCAGAAUUGCUGUGUGUCCAAUAGUGAUGGGAUGUUCGCGAACAAACGGCUCUUUAUGAACAGAUCCUUUUUGGUGAACUUCAGGAAACAAAUUGCAUCGUUGAAAGAGACGUUCAUUUUGCUCCCUGAUUUGCAUACUGCUACUAUGCCUAUAUAACGUGUACAUUCUGGUCCACAUUCAUUUUUGCAGUGCGUUAAAAAUGAACACCAUUUUUUUGGACCGAUCUAAUAAUUUGACCACGUAAACAUUUUAUUUCACGAUCUGACAUAAUGGUAGCCUACCUUUUGGGCUUUACAUUGGAGAUUGGAAAUCAUGGUUCUAGGUCAAUCUUAAGUGGAACUGUGCUAACCAACAUGGCACAUCAAGAAGUGGGAAAGAGAGAAGAUUUAAAUGGUGAACUGUUAGUACAUUUCUACUUAUUAGAACAGUCACCAUAGUAAUGACAGACAAUAAUAAUCAAUGUAGUAUAUAUAAUAUGGCAAAGGAGACAGUGUUGCGUAUUGGUCUUUAUAGUCUCAUAAAAACAUGAAUCAUCUCCAAAUAUUGUAUUGUUUGUAUUAAUAGUUAAUGAGUCUUGAUUAUUUUGGGAUAGUUUGAUGAAGCUGAGGUCAUGUUGUCAAAUGAGAUAUCUCACUCCGGUCUGAAUCCUAAUUAGCAAUUUUCCCUUACGUUUUAUAUUUUUUUGUGGUUACAAUUCCCCCCACCCCCACUUGAAGCAAAUAAAAGCUAGAUGUUUUCCAGCUUCUUGCUAAUCUUAUGAACUUUUCUUAAUCAACACGUUUCAAAAGUCAUCAUUGAAAAAUACAGCACUGAAAAAAAAGGAUUUCUGUUGGAAGUUACCCAUGAGAGUUUGAGCUUUCUGUGUAUAUGAUUAUAUAACUUGGUAAAUGUUUAUUUAUCUAGAUUUCAGUGAUGAAUAUCCAAUCAGAGGAAUUCAAGCCUGUCAUUUAAUUAUACAGUAUCAUAUGGUUGUAGUCAAUUAUAAAUUAGUAGUCUAUCAUCAAUAAAUGACAAAGAAACAUAAUGGAUGUAUUAAUUUAAUAUAAUAGUUUAUUGGAAAAAUAUCUCAUGAAAAGUUUAAUUACAUUUCACUUUUCAACUAUUGUUUUUGCUUAAAAUGUAAAGAUGACAUCUUCCAUACAGAUUGUGUCCCCUUUGUGUGUGAAAUAGGUCUGAAUUGUGACAGAUACAAUAUUGAGGCAUUUGUAAAAAUGAGUAUACUUCCAAGUGAACAGAAGUUGGGAAAUAGUACCAUAAUUUAAAUAAGUUUGAGUACACAUAGAGCUAAUGAGCACAUUUUCCUUAAUUUUGAUGUCAACUGUUUAAAUAUAGAUGUAGCAUAUGGAUGAAUACAAAGAGAUAUCUGAGACAAAUCUACAUAAAAAAAUAAUGACAUGUUUAUGUUUUCUACAUAAACAAAUCACAUCCUCAACAUGGAGUCAACUCAUGCACAAAUGGAAUGGUGCUUAUUUACAAAAAAGUUGCAUUCAUUGUUGGUUUAUCCCAAGUGUAAGGUUCACAUGGCUGGAAACCAGGAGUAAUCUGCAUCGGGAUCUGUGAUAUUCAGACCAAGCAUAUUGGAGAGGCUUAUUGAUAUCCUGUUGUUUUCAUCCGAUGAGUCUAGUGCAUCUGAGGUGAUUUUUGCUUUGAACAACUUCAACCGCUCCAUGAUGUUAAUAGGUCCUGAAGGUGAUGUCUCUUUCCCUCCUUCAGUCAAAGAUACAUUCACUUUAGACAAACUGACCUCUGUACUAGCUGUAUCAAGGCUUCCUUCAAGCUUUGGUGUGUCAAUGGCCUCAAAAAGGGCCUCCGCAGCAUCUUUGAGCGCACUCUCAAUCUUGUUGUUCUUUGGAAGUCUGUGAAAGGUAAACAUUGGUACUUCUACCUGACCACUCUCUGUUUCAUCCAUACUCUGCUCUUC